AUGGUGCAGCACUGACUCUCCCUGCCCCUGCCUCUGAUCUACCUUUUAGCUCUUGGUGCCAAUCUCCUCAUUGUGACCACCAUUCAUAAAGAGCUUAACCUGCACCAGCACAUGCACCAGUUCCUUAGUAUCCUGGCUAUAGUGGACAUUGACUUGGCUACCACCAUCAUGCCCAGGAUUCUAGCCAUCUUCUGGUUUGAUGCCAAGGCCAUCGGCCUCCCUGAGUGCUUUGCUCAAAUCUAUGCUAUUCACUGUUUUAUUAGCAUGGAGUCUGGUAUCUCCCUUUGUGUGGCUGUGGAUAGAUAUGUAGCCAUCUGCCACCAAUUUCAAUACUCCUCCAUAGUUACUGAAGCUUUUGUAGUCAAAUCCAUAAUAUUCAUGGUGCUUAGGAAUGUCCUGUUAACCAUCCCAGUGCCUGUACUGGCUGUCCAGAGACACUAUUGCUCCAAGAAUGAAAUUGACCACUGUAUGUGCUCUAACCCUGGGAUCACUGGUUUGGCCUGUGAUGACACCACCAUUAAUAGGUUUUAUCAGUUGGCUUUAGUCUGGGUCAUUGGUGGAGGUGACAUGGCUCUAGUCCUUAUUUCCUAUGUUCUGAUCUUUCACUCUGUGAUGAGGCUGAACUCUGCUGAGGCAAUAGUCAAGGCUCUGAGCACCUGCACUUCCCACCUCAUCCUUAUCUUCUUCUUCUACACAACCAUUGUUGUAGUGUCUAUAUCCCAUCAGGCAGCAAAAACAGUUCCUAUCUUUCCUGUUCUUCUCAAUAUGUUUAACAUUGUCAUCCCCCCAGCCCUUAACCCCAUGGCAUAUGCUCUUAGGGCCCAGGAGCUCAAAGUGAGCUUCCAGAGGGUGCUUAGAUUAGAUGAGAAUGUGUUCCAGAAGUGA